AUCAGAACAAUUGAAUGAUUUAUUACUGAUAGAUAUUUUUUUCUAUUAAUUCUCAAGUGUCUGUUGACAUAAGUAAACAUGAAAUAUGAAUAUGGAAAUGGUCUUGUUGAACUUAGUCACACUGAUUAUCGAUCAUAUCGACAUUUCGAGUUGGAAAAUGGUAUGAAAGUAAUGAUUAUUUCUACUUGCAAUGAUAAUAAUGAUAAUCACUCAGUUUCGGAUAAUUUGUCCGCUGUAGCACUCAGUGUCAAUGUUGGUUCAUUUUCUGAUCCUUAUGAAGCUCAAGGACUUUCUCAUCUCUUAGAACAUAUGUUAUUUCAUGGAGAUAUAACAAAUUCAGGAAUGGAAACACUUCAUAGUUUUUUACAAGAACGUAAUGGUUAUUUGGAUUCUAAAACGUCGAAUGAACAUACACUAUUCUACUUCAGCAUAUCAGAUAGAUAUUUUGAAGAAGCAUUAAAUUUAUUCGCUUUACACUUUGUCAAUCCUACACUAAAUAUAGAUGGAAUGAGAAAAUCAAUUGAAAAAAUUGAUAUGGAAUUUCAAAAAGUGAAAACAAGAGAUUAUGCAAAACUUCGUGGUUUCAUAUCAAGUUUAGCUGUCAAAGGAUCUCCAUACCGGUUAUUUGGUCGAGGAAAUAAACAGUCAUUGAUCAAUGAGCCAGAAAAAAAUAACGUUGAUGUAUACAGCUUGUUGAAAAAACAUUGGACUACAUUGUAUUCAGCGCACAGGAUGACACUAGCCAUUCAGUCAAAAGAUCCCUUGAACAAAAUGGAACGAAUUGUUCGAGAGAAAUUCUCUAAAAUACCAGCAAAUCGAUCAGUGAAAAUAGAUUUCACAAGAUUUGGAAACAGUUUUAAUUCACCUGAAUUCUUCAAAUUAUAUCAUGUUGAUAGUGCUCGAAAUAAAGAACAAUUACGUAUGGUUUGGGCUAUACCUAGUGUUUGUACAUUAUAUGAAUCAAAUCCAGUUGCAGUGUUUGCAUAUUUCCUAAAUGACAAACAUCCAUAUGGUCUUGAAAAUUACCUUAAAAAUAAUCAUUUAGCGACAGAAGUGAAAUGUGAAUUUUCCGCCAUGUCAGAUUUUGAUAAUUCAUCUAUUUGUGCUUUGAUUACAAUUUGCAUUGACUUAAUUGGUACACGUUCCGAUUUAUUCAAAAUUACAAAAAUUGUUUAUGAAUAUUUACGAUUUUUAUCGAGUAAAGCAAAAGAAGCAUGUACAAAUAAAAACAAUGAUGAGAAUAAUGAUGUGAAUAAUAAUAGUAAUAAUAAUAACGGCUAUCACCAUAAUCAUAAUCCUGUGCGUAAAAGUUUAAGCAUACUAAAUAAUAGUCAUCAUAAUAAUAACACUAGUAAUACUAAUACUAACAAUAAUACCGGUAAUGUCAAAUCAACAUUUGAUUCAUGUGUAAGAGAUUUUCAAUUAACUCAAAGAGAAACUUUUGAAUGUCGUGCAAUAUUUGGACCACAAGAAACUGUUAUCUGGAUUGCCAAUAUGUUGCAGCAUACAUUGCCACAAGAUGUGCAUUCAGCUUAUUUAGUGAUAAAAACACUUGAUUUUCAGGUGUAUUCAGAAAUUUUGGAUACUUUAUCCAAACAACAAGCAUGUUUAAUUCAUAGUUCAAAAUUAAAUCCUACUACAAUGCAGAAAUAUAUUCAUAUUGAAAAAUGGUACAAUCUACAAUAUACACUAGAAGAAGUUUCAUCUAAACAAAUAGGUUGUCUGGAUAGCUUGCAUGGAACAGUUCCAUUUUCGCUUCCAUUAAAAGUCAAUGGUAAUGUACAUGAAUACUGUCCUUUACCAACCGAAAAUGAUGUACAAUCACCUAUUAAUCUUAUGUCAGAAUUAGGAAGUGCAUUUGAAAAUUACGGUUCACUUUGGUAUCAAAAAUACAAUAAUCAACAUAAAAAUGAAGCUUACAUCUACACACAAAUUUCAACGGGCUUGGAAAUCGACUGUCCUAUGAAAUCGUGUUUAGCACGUUUAUUACAGUUUAGCCUCAAAGUUCGAUCGCUUGAUUGUAAAUUAUUGUCAACGGAACCUAGAAUGCAAUGUUCAGUGAAUACAAAUGUCAAUGGACCGGAAUUCAUUAUUAAAGGACCAUGUGAAGAAAUUUCCCGUUACUAUAAAGAAUUUUUGAAAAGUAUCACUGAUGAUUUAACUAAAGAACAUUUAAUACAAUCUAAAAAUCUAUUACUAGAAGAAUUGAACUGUCAAUCAUCCAAUCCAGAUUCCAUUGUUGAAAAUAUAAAUUCAUGUUUAUGGCAUCCAAAUGAUUAUGUUGCUAGUAGUUUGUUGAGCUCACUAAAUUCCUUGUCAAUAGCUGAUUUGAUGGCAUUUGAAUCGCAAUAUUAUUAUCAAUUAGAAAUCAACAUGUAUAUUGUUGGUGAUGUAACAUGUGAUUUAGCCAAGGAUUUAUUUACCUACACAAUAGGAUCCUUCAGGUGUAAUUCAAAAUCUAAAGGGACCAAAAAAAUUGAUUAUAUUUCACUUCGACCUGGCAUUUAUUAUCAUUCGGUACCGAUUCAAUCAAAUGAUGAAAAGUUUCGUCAACUUAUUCAAUUUCAACGAAUUGAAAAUCCUUCACCUAUAGAUGAAUUUUAUUGUAAAAUAAUCACGGAAUUAUUGAGACCGCAUGCACAACAAUAUUUUCAACAUUAUGAAUCAGUCAAUGGUCCAGUUUCAUUAGAUUUUUAUAAAUUAACAUCAAAUUCAUCCAGCCGAAUUAUUGGGACACGUUUAUCACUGACAAAUAAUAAUAGUCAAUCAAAUAAACAUGAUGACAUUUAUCUCAUCAAUUGUAUUCGUGUAUUUUGGAAAGAGAUUGCAUCACGGGUCAUUGCGUGUGUUGAUCAGAAUAAGAAAAAUUUUGAACAAAUUUGUGACACAGUUAUGUCAAAUGAAUCAAUCAAGAAUAAUGAUCUUGAAGUUAUAUCUCAGUUUUAUUGGGAUAAGAUUAAAACGAAUUGUCUAGAUGGAGCGAAAAAUGUAAAGAAAUCGUUGAAAUGGGAAGUGAACCAAGAGAAAUUGCUAGAAUAUUUCUACGAAACCUAUCUGAAUCCUGCGAAAGAAAUUUCCAUAUUUAUUGAUCUUAGGGAUACAGAAUCUGAAUCGUUGGAUAUUACUAAAAUAAACAAUAAAAAUCUUAAUGCCAACUUAAAUUCUUAUCUAAAAGAUGA